CACAUUAUUUUUCAGAAGGAGACUAAUCAGGCAGAUAGGGUUGCUUUUGUGAAUCAGAUAUGUCCUAUCAUGAAAGGCAACUCGUUUCUGUAUAAUUCUGAUCCUGCCAGACACUCUCAUUUGUGUACUCAAUACUGUGAUGGGCUUCAUGGGACCUUGAUUAUCUAUGACCCUGAUAAUCCACAUGCCAACUUAUAUGAUGUCGAUGAUAAUAGUACUAGCAUCUUAAUGUUAUCAGACUGGUACCACACACCUGGCAAACAAUUAGGCUUCCUAUCAAUUUGA